CAAUUCUUGCCUUCAACUUGUGUUGUGUCAAUGACGGCGGACAUUCCCUCAGACCCCCCAAGCCCUGCGUUCCUACUGACGAGAGCCGAUUCUACCCUAGAGACGCUAGAUGCUUUGCUCUGCGAAGCUGAGCAACUCCUUUUGGCCGCCUCCUCACGCGAAGAGAUCACGGGAAAUCUAGAUCAACGAGGAAUUAACCUGGAGGAAAACCUGGCAGGGUUGAAAUCGGAUGUGGUUCUUCUGGAUGAAUCAAGAGAAUAUUUAGAUGAGAUAAUAUCGGAUCCUACACGGGCAACUGACCUGGAUACUCUGCGAGCGGAGCGGGAUGAGUUGCGUGAGCGGGCCACAAGGAUAUCCCAGACAUUACGGACAUGUCUGGAACGAUGUUAUUAUCUGCAAGACAUGGUGGGGGAUUUAACCCAGAGCGCAGAUAUACGACGAUCGGAUCCAGAAGAAGUAAAGGAUUCAAGGCGAAAUACUGAAGUGACACUGCCCGACUUGAUGAACAUCGAUGUGUGAUGCUUUGGGGACGCCGGCAUGUGAUAUCUACGAUCGCCCACGGCUGGAGUUACAUCUGUAUGGCAGCACGUCGAGGUGGUGGAAGUGGAGACCCUACUGAUGGAAAGCGCAUUGCCUCUGCCAUUGUUGUCAUGAAUGCGAACUAGCACGACCUUAGCUCUCAGGUUGCUGAAGUAUUGCCAAUUGCACAUACACAUUUAGUCCCGUGCACAAACUGCUACACUACCACGAGCGGGUCUCUAUCGAUACUGCUUACAACAACCUCCGUGGCCGGCUCAGUUUCGCGAAGUAGGGUCUGAAGACGUGGUUGUAACACUUCAGCGAGAUAUCCGCGUUCUGGAAAAUGUGCUCACUUUAAUCGUUUCCCAAUAAUCAUCGGAAAUAAGCGGAUAACGGAUUAUUGAAUAAUACCUGUGUUUGUAUGCUCACACAAAAUCACGCUUAUAUCAUCUGCGAGAGCAGCCAGGACUUCAUGAUGCGACAUCUCGCCUAGUAGUAUGAGCGGGUUAAUCGGUAUUCAGAGUUUAGAGAUGGUACGCAUGUUAUCACAUACCUGUCAAGUACAAGUCCGCCUUGGUAUUCAUCAAGACAGAGGCACCUUUUUACGGAAUAAGGAACAGUCGUUAUGACCAAAUAG